AUGUCCUUCAAAAUCGCCUCCGCGACAGCAGCAGCAGCAGCGGCCGCGACGACUACUGCGCCUCCAGCAGAGGAAGAAGAGUACUAUUCGUCAUGGUCGCUCUUCCUCGUGUGCAUAUUACUCAUCUUGUCUCUGUUGACCUCGUAUUACCUUCAAAUCAAACGGAUACGAGCGGUGCAUGAGACGCUGGUGUCGAUCUUUGCCGGGAUGUUGGUAGGGCUAGUCGUCAGGCUUGCCCCCGGAACGAUGAUUCGGGAUAUGCUGACAUUCAAACAUACGCUCUUCUUCAACUUGCUUCUACCGCCGAUCAUCCUGGCUUCGGGUUAUGAAUUAAAGCAGGAAAACUUUUUCCGCAACUUUGGCUCUAUCCUCACAUUCGCCUUCGCAGGCACAUUUAUUUCAGCAAUUGGCGUAGGCAUCUUGGUCUUCAUCUACUCGUAUCUCGGGAUAGACACGGACAGGCUAUCACUAAUUGAAUGCCUCACCUUCGGUUCAACUCUGUCAGCUACGGAUCCAGUCACUAUUUUGGCUAUAUUCAAUCAGUACAAGGUCGACCCGAAGCUUUACACUAUUAUUUUCGGAGAGAGUUUGUUGAACGAUGCUGUCAGUAUUGUCAUGUACGAAACCUUGAGCCAUUUCCAUGGAACUGAGGUCUAUGUGUCUUCGAUCUUCCAUGGAAUUGGGAUUUUCUUGCUUUCGUUCAGCGUCUCAAUGGCACUGGGCGUUGCAUUUGGACUUGCGACCUCCCUCAUGCUCAAACACUCGUAUCUGCACCUCUACCCCUCCAUCGAGUCCUGCCUUGUCGCCCUGUGCGCCUACACAUGUUAUUUCUUCUCCAACGGCCUCUCCAUGUCCGGCAUCGUCUCUCUCCUCUUUUGUGGCAUCACCCUGAAGCAUUACGCCUACCACACAAUGUCUCGCCGGACCCAGAGAGCCACAAAAUACAUCUUCUCGACGCUCUCUCAGCUGUCGGAGAACUUCAUCUUCGUCUACCUCGGUUUGUCGCUUUUCACCAGCGCGCCAGUGUCAGAACCCGUGUUCAGCUAUGUCAAGCCCGUCUUCAUCCUCAUCACUACCAUUGCCGUCAUUUUCACUCGAUACGCGGCUGUCUUCCCCUUGUCUGAGCUAAUCAAUCUAUUCCUUCGACACGCUAGGGGUCAAAGACAGGAAGAGCUGCCGCAUUCGUAUCAGAUGAUGUUGUUUUGGGCAGGACUGAGAGGAGCUGUGGGCGUUGCUCUCGCUGCAGGCUUCAAAGGCCCUAACGCGCAGAUGAUGCGGACAACGGUGCUCAUCGUGGUAGUGUUGACGGUGAUCGCCUUCGGAGGCACGACGGCGAGGAUGCUUGAGGUACUAGGCAUCCGGACAGGUGUGGAGGACGAUGCUGGAGUGAGCAGCGAUGAAGACGAACCAAUGCCACCACCAACGAGGAAUGCGUGGGUUGGCCGGGGUGGUACCGGUGGGCGAUGGAAUCGGCUGGAAGAGGAGUCCAGUGCUCUAACAGGUGGACGACUCACAGGAGCAGGCCGCAUCGGCACACACUACGCCACGUCGCGUUUGUACAACCACCACGCGCAGAACUACGGACCGAACCAACCACCUAUCUCUCCCGCCAACAACGCCUUCUCAACAGCGUCCUCGGACUCGUACGACUCUGACGGCGAGGUUCUUCCACUCGCGCCUACAGCGAUCGACAACCUCAACAAUAACGACGCCAGUGCGAACACUUCGCACCCGCCACCGCCGAACAGCUUAGGUGCUGGUGUGGGCGAGGACGGAAAAUGGUUCCAGGCUCUCGACGAGCGGUACCUCCUACCCAUCUUCUCCAACGCAACUGCAAGUCGGACGUUCCAUGCGCGCCGGGCACGACGGGGUGCACCUGGGCUGGGCGACGGUGGUAUUGGGAGCAACACGGGUAGUAAUGCUGGCAGUGGAGUGGGCACCCCAGCAGAUAGUGAAGACGAGGGCGAGGGAGCGAAUGCCGAUCUUGGCAUAGGGCAGGGACAGCGGGCAGGGAGCAGACCACAUCUCACCUUUGGGCGGAACAUGUCGUUGGAUGAGAGCAGGUCAGAGAGAGGCCUUCCGAGUCCUGUGCUGAGAAGUAAUAAUGGGUUGGGAGAUCGGCACUCAUAG